CGCGCCCGCGCCGCGCGGCGAAUCCUGGGGGCGCAGGCCGGAAGCGCCGUCCGGACCCGCCCCUUGCCCGCCGGAGCCGGAAGUUGCGACCCCGGCCCGCACGUCGCCCCUCGCGGGCCGCGCCGCACCAUGCUCCGUGGUCCCCCGCGCCUCCUCAAGGUCUCCGUGGCACCGGUCGCGGCCCUGGCUGUGGCGCUGCUCUCGUCGCUCUCGCGCUGCUCCCUCCUGGAGCCGGACGACCCCGCGGCCUCCGCGCUCAGCCCCUACUUCGGCACCAAGACCCGCUACGAGGAUGCCAACCCCGGGCUGCUGCCGGACCCCGAGGCGCCGCGGAGGGACCCCGAGCUGCUGGAGGACGCCUGCACGCCGGUGCAGCUGGUCGCCCUCAUCCGCCACGGCACCCGCUACCCCACGGCCAAGCAGAUCCGCAAACUGCGGCAGCUGCACGGCCUGCUGCAGGCCCGCCCGUCCGGCGACGGCCGCGCUGGCCCCGCCGGCGGCCGCGACCUGGGCGCCGCGCUGGCCGACUGGCCGCUGUGGUACGCGGACUGGAUGGACGGGCAGCUGGUGGAGAAGGGACGGCAGGACAUGCGACAGCUGGCGCUGCGCCUGGCCUCUCUCUUCCCGGCCCUGUUCAGCCUCGAGAACUACGGCCGCCUGCAGCUGGUCACCAGCUCCAAACACCGCUGCGUGGACAGCGGCGCCGCCUUCCUGCAGGGGCUGUGGGAGCACUACCACCCCGGCUUGCCGCCGCCCGACGUCGCAGAUAUGGAGUGUGGACCUCCAAGAAUUAAUGAUAAACUAAUGAGAUUCUUCGAUCACUGUGAGAAGUUUUUAACUGAAGUGGAAAAGAAUGCCACGGCACUUUAUCAUGUAGAAGCCUUCAAAACGGGACCAGAAAUGCAGAACAUUUUAAAAAAGGUCGCAGCUACUUUGCAAGUGCCAGUCAACAAUUUAAAUGCAGAUUUAAUUCAGGUAGCUUUUUUUACCUGUUCAUUUGACCUGGCAAUUAAAGGUGUUAAAUCUCCUUGGUGUGAUGUUUUUGACAUAGAUGAUGCAAAGGUAUUAGAAUAUUUAAAUGAUCUGAAGCAAUAUUGGAAAAGAGGAUACGGGUACACUAUUAAUAGUCGGUCCAGCUGCACCCUGUUUCAGGAUAUCUUCCAACACUUGGACAAAGCAAUUGAACAGAAACAAAGGUCUCAGCCAGUUUCCUCUCCAGUCGUCCUGCAGUUUGGUCACGCGGAGACCCUUCUUCCACUGCUCUCCCUCAUGGGCUACUUCAAAGACAAGGAGCCCCUGACGGCUUACAAUUACAAGGAACAGAUGCAUCGGAAGUUCCGAAGUGGCCACAUUGUGCCCUAUGCCUCGAACCUCAUGUUUGUGCUUUACCAUUGUAAGAACGCGAAGACUCCCAAAGAAGAGUUCCGGGUGCAGAUGCUAUUGAAUGAAAAGGUGUUGCCAUUGGCUCACUCCCAGGAAACUGCUUCCCUGUAUGAGGAUCUCAAGGAGCACUACAGGGACCUCCUGCAGAGCUGUGGCGCCAGUGACGAGUGUGAGUUACCAAAGGUGAACAACACGUCUGAUGAGCUAUGAGUCACCGGACAGGAUCUUCCGUCCGCCAGGGAGUGGCCCCGCGCUUGGAGUGGCUGGGAAGCCGCGGGUGCAGGAAGCUUUCCCAGUGCUCGUGCACCGCUGUCUUUUCACAGAAGGACGUCGAGUUUUCUUCUUGAAUCUGGACAGGGAUGUGUAAGGAGUGGUUCUCCUGGGGCAGCUGUCUUACGGGGGAAAGUCUGUUGCGGAAAAUAGCCGGCACUGCGCGUGUUCGCAGAAAUUAGCUUCUUCCUGCUUGUAGAGGAACUCUCACACUGACACACAACAUGAUUUCACAGUGGUCCUUGCGGGUGCUGGAGUCACAGCAUCUGCCCCCGGGAUGAUCGUAACUUCACGGUUGUGCUGCCCUUCGCUUUCCCGCAGGUGGCACGGCCGUGCUGUCAUCCGCGUGCCGCGGAAAACAGGCGGAGCCCCGGGAGCGUCACUCUGGAAGAAGCUAGCCUCUCUAGUUAAGGAUUUGAAACGAUAUUAAGAAACAGAGUGUGAUUUUCAAAGGACACCUUCCCGGAAGGAAGACAGAGUAUAAUAAGAUAGAUAUUUUAUAAAGUAUCCGAACACUUUUUCAGUAAUUCCUUUUGACCUCCCGGUGAGUCUUGCGAGGCCAUUCUUUAAUUACUACCUUAGCUGCUCUGCAUUUGUAACGGUGGAGGGACAAAGGGGACCAUUAGCAGCGAGUAAGACGGAAAGAAUCAAAGUUUCUUAGUCCGUUGCUUCGCAGUUUGGUUCGUUUGUUUUUUCAUUCUACCACUUUGCCUCUUUUUAUAUUUUGCCUCUGUGUGAAAUGUAUCUUUUGGUUAUUUAUUGCUUUUCCAUUCUCCCCCUUCCCCUCCCCACCCCCCAUAAAGAUUUCAUCCUGGCUGGCUUAGUUUCAUAGAUCUGAACCCAUUUCUCAGAUAGUUCUGAGUUUUGUCAGAUGCUGUGAAAGUGUUUGCUAUAAUAAUAAACAGAAUUCUUGUGACUUUA